AUGGAUAUUCACUGCAAAGUAGACCCGUUCUCAGCGAUGCACCGGCACGGCGGUGUGAACCAGCUGGGCGGGGUGUUUGUCAACGGCAGACCCCUACCUGACGUGGUGAGGACAAGAAUCGUAGAACUCGCCCACCAAGGAGUGAGACCCUGUGACAUUUCGAGACAACUACGGGUCAGCCACGGCUGUGUCAGCAAAAUACUGGGCAGAUACUACGAGACCGGCAGUAUAAAGCCAGGAGUUAUUGGUGGGUCCAAACCAAAAGUGGCGACUCCAAAGGUUGUGGAUAAAAUAGCGGACUACAAGCGCCAGAAUCCGACCAUGUUCGCGUGGGAAAUCAGAGACAGACUGUUAGCUGAGGGCGUCUGUGACAACGACACGGUUCCAAGCGUCUCGUCCAUUAACAGGAUAAUACGAACAAAAGUCCAGCAGCCUUUCCACCCGUCUCCAGAUGGAACAUCCCUGUCUGCACCGGGCCACACCAUGGUACCGAGCCAGGCCUCUCCACCUGUAACAAGCCCUUCCAACGACCCUGUGGGGUCCUACUCCAUCAACGGCAUCCUGGGUAUUCCCCGGUCAAACGGCGAGAAGAGGAAACGAGAUGAAGAUGGUUCAGAUGGGUCUGGCCCAAACACUGAUUCUCAGGUUAGUGUGGACAGUUUACGGAAGCACCUGCGGGCCGAUGCUUUCACUCAGCAGCAGCUGGAAGCUUUGGACCGGGUCUUUGAACGCCCGUCGUACCCCGACGUCUUCCCAACCUCGGAUCACAUCAAACCAGAACAGGCUAACGAGUACUCCCACUCCCACUCCCUGUCCUCCCUGAAUCCUGGCCUGGACGGCGAGGUCAAACCCAGCCUGUCCUCCAGCAGUAACCAGAACCUGGGCCCCAGUGUCUCUGUGACACAGAGCUACUCUGUAGUGACAAACUGCUCCUCUACCCUGCUCUCCCUGCAAGCUCUCCUGGGACACAUCCUGAUGUCUCUGUGGCCUAUGACAAACUGCUCCUCUACCCUGCUCUCCCUGCAAGCUCUCCUGGGACACAUCCCUGAUGUCUCUGUGGCCUAG